ACCAGUAGUAUACCUAUCCUCACCAUCCAGUAUCCAACCUACACCAUUCCAAGGGCUUUGUCACUUCCUCGUAGCAACAUGAUGGCCGGUCUACAAACAGCUAAGAAAGACCUUCGCAGAAAAAUGCGCGAUGUUCUACAAAAGAUCCCCGCAGAUUCUAUCGUCAAUCAAUCUAGAAUUGCCGCAAACAAGCUGUUCUCUCUAAGUGAAUACCAAAAUGCAAAAAGAAUUGGAGUUUAUUUGUCAAUGCCAUCAGGAGAGCUAUCAACUACAGCCAUUGUGCAAGAUGCUUUGAUAAACGGCAAAGAGGUCUUCAUACCCUAUAUCCAUAAUGUGGAGCUGUCAUCGACACAGCAGAAGGCAUCCAUCAUGGACAUGUUAGCCUUGAAUUCCAUGGAAGAAUUCAAUUCUCUCACUCCCGACAAAUGGGGAAUUCCAUCUCUCGCGAAAACUCAAGUUGGUACAAGAAAGAACUGCCUCGGCGGUAUGGGAGUUUCCUCCUUAGGAUCGGAUAAAACUACAGAUGAAGACUGGGGACUAGAUCUGAUUGUUAUGCCAGGAAUGGCCUUCGAUCUCGAAUUUAGAAGGCUGGGUCAUGGUAAAGGAUAUUAUGAUCAUUUUCUAACUAGGUACUCCAAAGAGGUUGAGAGUAAGACAACGACGCCAAAAAUGCCUUUACUUGUUGCCCUCUCUCUCAUGGAGCAAACUCUGCCCUCGACCGAACAGAUACCCGUUGCAAACCAUGACUGGCCAGUAGAUGUUCUCAUCGUCGGCGACAAUGGGUGCCUCGUCCGUCAUCACUAAUCUGU